AUGUCGCAUCUCCAGCAGCAACUCAAAAGCUUCAACGCUGGCGUCGUGGCUGCUGCGGCUCGCAUGCCACAGCAGAGACGGUUCGUCCAUAACAACUCUGCCAGUAGUUCGCAAGUACCAUCGUCGGCCUCCACACCCACCCCGAGCGGCGAUGUCAAGCGGAAAAGGCACGAUGCAGAUAUCGUCUACUCGCAGCCUGCCAAUACUGGCACAGGCAAGGAUAUUAUGACACAGGUUAUCUUUGCAAUCGAGCAUAUGAAAAACAAGGGCGUCCCGCUUAGGUUUACGGAUAUCGUCUCCUACCUCUCUCUUCAACAUCGGGCCAAUGAUCAGGGUUAUGUCCAGGCACUACGGAGCAUCCUUCAGAUGCAUGAGAAGGUCCAGUAUGAUCCUAGUGGAGCAAACGGAGAAGGCACUUUCAGCUUUCGCCCACCACACAAUAUCCGCACUGCCGAGCAGUUGCUCCAGAAACUCCAGUCGCAGUCUACCGCUGCUGGAAUGAGCGUUCGUGAGCUGCGGGAAGGCUGGCCAAAUGUGGAAGACACCAUCAAUCAGUUAGAGAAAGAAGGAAAACUCCUUGUUACUCGGAACAAGAAGGACGACCAUGCGAAGAUGGUGUGGGCCAAUGAUCCAUCCUUGAUACAACACUUCGAUGACGAGUUCCGUCAGAUUUGGGAGAAGAUCAGAGUUCCGGACCAGCAGGCUGUCAAGGAGGAAUUGGAGAAGGCCGGGAUUACCCCCACGAACAAAAACAAGGUCACCAAAGCUCGACCCAAGAUCGAACAUAAGAAGGUCAAGAAGCCUCGUCGCAGUGGCAAGACGACUAACACCCAUAUGAUGGGUGUCUUGAGAGAUUACUCACAUCUUAAACGAUGA